AUGGCUGCACGUGCCGCCGUGGCGGUGGCCAACAACAACAACGCCAACACCAACGCUUCAUCGUCUCAAGUCGCUUCCAACUACAAUGACCUAAUCAAGCUAACCUGUUGCCAAAUUCCUGCCGUCUCUACUUCCCCGAACCACCAACCACAACAUCAGCAACAUCAACAACAGCAUCAGCAGCAGCAACAGCAACAUCACCAGCCCCCGGCGUGGAUCGCCAAUCGACCCCUUCCUCUGCCGCCCACUUCAGAGAGCCAGUCUAAUCUGGUGAACACUGUCGAGUCAAUCUGCAACAGUCAGAUCAGCGCCCUUCAGUCGACCGCCACCAGACCGGCACUGAGUCGAAUUCCAGCAAUCACCGAUUGCACUGUCCCACCGUUGCCGCCCAAGCCGACGCCUACCAUGCAACUGCUGGCCUCUCAUGUUCCUAAAGACGAUGCUGCUGCUGGUUGCUCUGUCGGCACGCCAGCAAUACUACCUGAUUCUCUGCUGACUUUGGGUGAUGGGGACUCUGCGGAGGACGGCGAGCCCACUCGGUCGUCCAGUCCCAUUCCGCAGCGACGUCCCGGCGCCAAGGACACCCCUUCAUCGAAGGUGAAGCUGUACAGUCCAGCGGCGUACAAGUUCUACAUGGAGCAGCACUUUGAGAAUCUGAUCAAGAGCACCAAACAGAGGGAGCUACGCCGUCAGCAGCUCGAGUCGGAGAUGGCGAAGGUAGGUUUGAGCGAGCAGGCGGCCACUGAGAUGCGCCGAAUGCUGCACCAGAAGGAGUCCAACUACAUUCGCCUGCGCCGGGCGAAGAUGGACCGCUCCAUGUUCGACAAGAUACAGACCAUUGGCGCCGGUGGCUUCGGCGAGGUGGCCCUGGUGCGGAAGAAGGACGCCGACAUACUGUACGCAAUGAAGAUUCUCCAGAAGGUGCGCAUCUUUGAGGAGAACCAGGUGGCCCACGUCAAGGCGGAGCGGGACAUUCUCGCGGAGGCGGACAAUGAGUGGGUGGUGAAGCUGUACUACAGUUUCCAGGAUGACGCGUACCUUUACUUUGUCAUGGACUACAUCCCCGGCGGCGAUCUCAUGGGACUGCUCUGCAAGCUGGACAUUUUCAGCGAGCCACUGGCCACCUUCUACAUUGCCGAGUUGGUGCUGGCUUUGGAGUCCGUUCACAAGAUGGGAUUCAUUCAUCGGGACAUUAAGCCGGACAACAUCCUCAUUGACCGCGACGGUCACAUCAAGUUGACUGACUUCGGUCUGUGCACUGGCUUUCGCUGGACCCACGACUCAAAGUACUACAAUCACAAUCGAGUCAACUCGAUGGACUUUGACAUGGUCCCACUGGAGCGACGGAAGCACCGUCGAGAGCACCAGCGCUGCCUGGCCCACUCCGUCGUGGGAACGCCCAACUACAUUGCUCCUGAGGUGCUGCUCGGCCUGGGCUACACGCAGCUUUGUGACUGGUGGUCAGUAGGCGUCAUCCUCUACGAGAUGGUCGUCGGUCACCCGCCCUUCUACGCGGACAGCAAGCCUGCCAUACAGCAGCGCAUCAUCAACUGGCGCCACGAGCUGGUCAUCCCCCCGGAGCCCCGGCUCUCCACCGACACCAAGCGCCUCAUUCUGGGACUGUGCUGCGAGCCGGAGGCCCGUCUGGGACGCAAUGGCGCCGACGAAAUCAAGCGUCAGCCUUUCUUCAAGACGAUCGACUUUGAGUCGGGACUGCGCAGUCAGCCGGCGCCGUACGUGCCUCGAAUCGACCACCCCACCGACACCAGCAACUUUGACACGUCGAUGAUUGACCAGGACAAGUCAGGACUGUUCACCUCGGAUGAGUUCACCAGCAGCAGCGAGUACGUCAAUGAAAUGUCGGACAUCUUCAACGGCGACAUGCCUGGCCCACUCAGGCCCAACGGUGGCGGCGGAGGUGGUGGUGGUGGUCACCGGAAGAAGAGGGCCCCGAACAGCGACCCCUCUGACCCGAACCAUCCGCAGCACGCCUUCUUUGAGUUUACCUUCCGCCGCUUCUUUGACAGCAGCGGCCAGGCGAUACCGAUUCGAGGGUCGGGCGGCUCCGGCUCGGUGACGGACGGCUCCGUGGGAGCAGGCACUGACACUGAGUCGCUGACGUACGGCUCCACGGACGGCGGCGGUGGUGAUGGCUGUGGAGAUGGCGGUGGUGAUGGCUGUGGUGAUGGCUGUGGUGAUGGCGGUGUCUGCUCCACGACCAUCACCACCACCACCACCUCCAGUGUGCAGUAA